AUUGGUGGAGAUGCUGAUCAACUUCGAACAAAGUCUUUUCUGGUUCGAUAAUUACAUGUCUACAUAGGUGUGCUGCUAGUUUACAUAGCUGACAUGCAACGCAGUAGAGCAACGGAUAAAAGAAGUGCUUUAAAAAUGGGACUAUUGGCUGACAGAUGAUCCUGGUCGACCUCUGACCCGUCUCUACAGGUAAAAUCUUCUAAAAUGCCCUACCUGGAGAAGAAAUGCAGAAAAGUGAAUAAAACCUUGCCAAAUUCAAGAGAUAACAAUGAAAAAGAACUGCAUGCUCUCAGAAGGCUUGUCUCUCUGCUCAGCGCACCCACAUGCAAACCAAAGGUCACUCCACUGAGCCACUCUCGAGGGGGCAAGACAGACACCCACUCUCUACAGCACGCUGCAGACAAGGCCGCAAAAUUAGCAAAGGCCGAAGCCACUGAGCUAGAGAGUUUCAGUGUGACCUACAAAGACCAAAGAGACUUCAGCAGUCAUCCCCAUCACAGGGCCUUCCAAUCCAUUCUCAAGGCUUUGAUCACAAACAGGCUCAACUGCAGAGAAUGGCUUGACCACACGUCCCCCGACAAUGUUCUGAGGGUCCUCAUCUGUUUGCGCUUGCUGAUCAGGGAACCCCAGUAUCAGAGAGUUUUCCAUGAACUUCAAGGAACUUGGCACCUUUCACAGUAUAUGGAAAGCAUAUCGGACCGUUAUUUCGAUGCCGCAGAGCAAACCCUGGCAGUAGAACAUCUCGUCGCAAUGACAUAUGUGUUACAGAAAAUUGCUGCAAAAGAGGACCAGAGAAAUUGGGUCACUGAAUGUGGAGCGCACACGAUUCUGGUGAAGCUUCUGGCCGCCAAGGAUAGCAGUGUCUUACUAGGAGCUCUCCUCGCACUGACCUCAUUGGCUGAGAGCCCGCAAUGCAGGGAGAAGAUCGGGGAGCUUUGCAUUGUUGAAAAUCUGCUCGUCAUCUUACAGGAAUAUGACUUGCUUUCCAAAAGGAUGUGUGCUGAGUUGCUGAGGUUGCUGUGCCCCGUGCGGCAGGUCCGGGAUCAGUUGAAGGCCUGCGAGGGAGUCCCCGUCCUGCUCAGCCUGCUCCAUGCCGAACACCACAAGCUGCUCUGGAGCCUGCUGUGGGUGCUGGUGCAGCUGUGCCAGGACCCCGACGCCAGCGCUGAGAUCCGGGCCUGGGGAGGCGUGAAGCAGCUUCUUCGCAUCCUGUAUAUCGAGCGUGCGUAUGUGUCCGACCGUGCCACCAUGGAGACGCUGUCCAGUGCCAACGCGGCGGGGCGGCUCCAGAGGCAGCACGUAUCAGAAGAGCUGAGCCCUCAGGAGGCCGCCGACAACAUCAUGACACUGCAGGCCGCCUGUUGUGCCGCUGUAACUGAACUGGUCUUAGAUGAUGCAACAGCUCGUCAUGUCAUUCAGGAGAAUGGCAUCUACAUCAUAGCAAAGCUAAUUCUGCUGCAAGUUGGACCCCAGGCGUCAUCUUUACAGUGUUAUGCAUUUAGGACACUUCGCUUUCUCUUCAGCAUGGAGCGAAACAGGCCUCUUUUUAAGAAACUGUUUCCUGUAGACCUCUUUGAGAUGUUCAUCGACAUUGGGCAUUAUGUGCGCGACAUUGCUGUCUACGGAGCACUACAGGAAAAAGUUUUCAACUUCACCAGCGAGGAGCUGGCCGAAUUGAAGGAAAGCAUCGAGACGACGAACCAGAACCGGCCUCCACUCAAAGUGAUCAAUGGCUACGCCAUUCUGGACCAUCUGGGCAGUGGGGCCUUUGGCAGUGUUUUCAAGGUCCGGAAACAAUACGGCCAGAACCUUCUGGCUCUGAAGGAGGUGAACCUCCACAACCCGGCAUUUGGCAAAGACAAGAGGGCCCGAGACAGCAAUGUGGAGAAGAUCGUCUCAGAGCUCACUAUCAUCAAGGAGCAGAUGACCCACCCAAACAUUGUGAAGUACCUGAAGACAUUUCUAGAAGGUGACAGGCUGUACAUUGUUAUGGAACUGAUAGAGGGAGUUCCUCUCUCUGACCACUUCACCUCUCUGAAAGAGAAGCAACAGCGCUUCACUGAAGACAGGGUCUGGAACAUCUUCAUACAGUUAUGCUUGGCAUUGAGAUAUUUGCACAAGGAGAAGAGGAUUGUCCAUAGAGAUCUCUCGCCAAACAACAUCAUGCUCGGAGAGAAGGACAAAGUCACUAUCACUGACUUUGGACUUGCGAAGCAGAAGGAGGAGAACAGUAAGCUGAUGUCAGUGGUGGGCACCAUCCUCUACUCCUGCCCAGAGAUCGUGAAGAGUGAGCCAUAUGGGGAGAAGGCUGAUGUGUGGGCACUGGGCUGCAUCCUCUACCACAUGGCCACGCUGCACCCCCCCUUCUACAGCUCCAACAUGCUCUCCCUCGCCACCAAGAUUGUGGAAGCGGUCUAUGAACCAAUAGAGGGUGUCUAUUCUGACAGAAUCAAAGACCUCAUCAAAUGGUGCCUAACCCCCAACCCAGACAGCAGGCCUGAUAUUGUGGAGGUGAGCGCCAGGAUCUCAGACGUGAUGAUGCGCUACAUGGACAGCCUGUGUGUCAGCCACCAGGCCCUGGAGCGUCGGGCGGAGCGGGACAGGAAGAGGGCACAGAGAUACUUCCUGGAGAGCAACCAGGCCAAGCUCGGCCUGCAGAGGGCUGCUCUCAACUCCCAGGGAAACCCCUACAGGGAGAAUGAUGGAGCCUUCUCAGAGAUGGAGCCUGGGACCCAUCACCCCUCUUCUCCACACAGUGCCCAGCAUGACAAGGCGAGGGACGAGCAGGAUAAUGAUUUUGAGGAAGAGCUAAGCACACCCCGCAGCUCCAGCGCUCCUGGCACGGAGCCUUCCAAGCGCCUGGGGGCUGGCAAGUGUAGUGUUGUUAGCAGCAGUCUGUCAGAGCGUGCGUCUGCCUGUGGAGAUUUUGCUCUUCUACAACCUAAGGCCCGUCCAGCCACAGCAGGAAUCUUUGUAUCCCAGAGGAAGCUUCGGGAAAUAGAGGACCCUGUCCAAAGGCUGUUUGGACUGCUGCACAAAAUUAUAUACAUUUGCCAACUUCCUCCAGUUGCCCACUACAACUACAGAAGAAGAACAAUCGAAAAGUUCAAGAAGUCAUUAUUCCACCAAGGGAGCAAUCCACAUGGCCUGAAAGAGGAGCUUAACAAGGUUCUCAAGGGGAGCACAGACCUGGUCGAGGCGGUGGGCUCCACUAGAGACUGGUUUAAAAUGGUCCAGUCUUUUGGAGGAGAACCUUUUAGCACAGAAACAAGAGGUGAGAUUGUUUAUGCAAAUCUUCAGGAUGGUGUCACAUAUGAACAUCUACAAACUCUAAUAGAGGAGGAGUUGGAGGAAAAUGGCUACCACAACACAACUCAUUGCAGGAACGGUCAGGAGAUGAGGCGUGGAGACAUGGGAAGCACAACUCCAAGUGCCCAGACAUUCUAUGAGUCUUAGCACCACAAUAAGGCAACAUAACAACUCUUUACUCCAACGCCUUAUUCAUACCCUACGUGUGAGAGGGUUACAGAUACAUGUGGAAUGCUACAUGCUAACCAAUGACAAUACGCAUGAUGAGUGUUAGUACGAACGAACAGAAUUACAGUACAGUGCGUAUGCAGUUUACCAAGGGUGGGAUAUGAAGGGACUCUAAAAGGAUGGCCACAUCUAUUGGAGUGACCUCACUCUGCACAAUUAGGAUGUUGUAUUAUCCAGUCUAUGUUUAGAGUACCAGUCUAUGUUUAGAAUGUAAUGUACUAUGGAGUGUGUAUAUGACAUUCUAAUCCUAUUUUUACUUAGACACAUGCACUGUGCAAGUCUUUGAUGUCAACGCUCUGCUCAAUAGGACAUACCAUAUGUCAUGAACCUCUGCUGUACAUGUGUGUAAUUGUUAGACAUAAUAUGCAGCAACUUCAGGGAGGGGAGAGCUACCACGGACAAAUGUUUUGUUUCUGCAGGAAUGUUUUUCUUUAAUUUUGUGCUGUUCUUUUAUUUGACUUCCAAAUGAAUAAGGAGUCCUUUCCCAGUAAAGCUAUUUUAAUCCCAAUUACACAACGUGAACGGGAAUCAGCACAUUUAUUUCUAGGCAUGUUGAACAUUUUAUAAAUUCCUCAACCUACACUCAGAAGUCUCAAGAGGUUUUAUAGAGGAAGCUCAUUUCCUACUGUGAGUUUGAUUAUGCUCAUUUACUUUCAGAGCCCAGUCAACUGUUAAAUGUGUAUAUUGUAUACUGUGUAUUUGCUAUGUAGUGUCUCUGGUGCUGUUGUUGGUUUUCAGUCUCAGGAUGACUCUUGCACUUCUGCUGUUAAUGGUUUGAUAUUCUGAUAUCUGUAAAUCUGUUUAAUGAGUUUUGACGUAUCACUCAAAGCACUUUAAAUGACAUUGAUCAUGUAUAAUUAAACUGUACAAAAAGUAA